UCCAACAUGUGCCAAUUAAGUAAGCUUCUUUUUUGCUCCAAUGUGAGUUCAUUUAAUGAGUUAAAAAACGUUCGCUGAUUGUGAAAAAUAAAAAGCAUGAAGGAAAAUCCAAGGUCUUCCGGGGUUAUCACCGUUCAGCAGAUAAAUUGACAUGGAAACGAAAGACGCGAAAUGACGCUACUCUCCAGAAGUUAUUCCGUUAGUGGAUCGAAAUAUCGCUGCGUUCGUAGGGACAAUAAUCCGAUAAAAUUCUGCGAUCUAAGAGCAUACGGUCAAUGUUCGUGUUUAUAUAUCGAGCAAUUCUGACAUAAGGUACUUCAAAAUGCACAAGUGAUAUGACUUCAAUUAUGAACAAUGCACAUUGUUCGAGGAAUCUUACGAUUACCAAAUGGUAUAUGUUAAUAUCGACUAACUGAUUUGAACUUGUAUUUCAAAAUAAUCGAGAAUUACUCUGCGAGUACGGUACUUGACUUAUACAAAUUUAUUCGGAUCACGAAUUGGAACUUUUUUUACCAAUAGUUACCGAUAGUUAAAUAAUACAUUUGAAAUUUAAGUACAAGCAUAUAAUGAUAUCCCGCAAAAAUUAAGGUAAUUUUUUGGUAUACUAUAACUAUAAGUAAUUAUUAAAUUCAACAUGGCAGAAAUCGAAGGCUAUAAUUAGAUGCACGUGUAGACACCCUGACAUGUUAGUUCAAAUAACGGAUAUGCCAUCUUUUGAAUUACUGAUACAAUUAAACCCUUUAUUAUUAAUUACGCUUUUUCCUAGAAACAAUAAUUCAGUAGAACAUCUCGCGAUCAGGAAUACGCGCGAUCGAUUAUUCGUAAUUGUUUCAAGUGGCACUAAUGUGGGAAAACUGGUAUGACUUUAAUCAAGGCCUUUGAUAGCGUAAUCAGGGAAAAUGAGUAAUUGGCAAUUGUCGCUCAAAUGAAUUUACUACCGAGCAAUAAGAAUGUAUAUUCGCACAAGUAUCGCUGGAUAGAUUGGAUAUUUUUUACGCCAAAUUCAUUAUUUCAAAAUUGUUAAACUCAUAAAACGUGUAACUCUGUAGAGUAAUAUCCGAAGUCGUUACGGACGUUCUUUUAAAACGCAAAUCUUACAAAAUUUUAUCUCAGCUUCGGAAUCUUUUAACACAAAUGUAUCAGCAGCAAAUGAAGUUUCAUCCCAUUGUGCGAUGAUGCACUUUGAUAUAGUGCGAAUGAAUGUGCGGCAUUUUUGAAGUUUAUCAACCGAUCGUGAGGGUCAUACGCGCAUAAUUGUUCCCAACAAUGCCAUGCCGUCUCAAAUAAGUCUGCUACACUUAUGCAGCGUUAAUUGAUGUAGAAUUGUGUGCGUAAUCAGUGACCGACGCGUUGUACAGCGUGUACAAUUGUGCGUGUACUACGGUAAUAUCAGAGUGCUCUUGGAAGGCGCCCACGAAGGAGAGUGCUCGUUCGGAACAGAGCGAAAUAAGUUCUUCGACGAAAUCUUGAUGAAAAAGGAAGCGACGCUUCCUGAUCCGUCUUCUUCAUAAAAUCGAAAAAGACCGAUUGUCGAAACUAUAAGUAUAUAACGUAAGCUAUACCGUCACAUAUGAUUCAAUGGGUUGGAGAAAAAACGCAGUAACGUUCGAUUUAAAGCAUUACGGUAACAAAAACCUUUAAUGCAAAGCUGAACACUGGACAGGUUCAAGUAUCCGGUACAGACUCUUCAUGGUGAACCCGAACAAGAUUCAACCGCACAUGGUUCCGCGGAUAACUCAUUUCCUGAUUCAGAUGUAACUUCUAGGAUGACGUGUGAUCAUCUUCACGUGCUACCGUUGAGUCUCUUUAUCCUGAUUCCAGUAACAUUUAUGAUUACAUAUACGAUAUCGGUACAAUGGGAUCACGUCGUACCCGGAUUUCUUUACAUAUCGGAAACCGGAACGUUAUCACCCGAGUCCUGCAUAUUUGCCCAAUGCCUGAAUAUCGCUGCAUUACUGCUUGGUUGCUGCGUGUACAUCAGGCAUCGUCAGGUAGAGCAAUGGCAGAUAGAGAGAGGUCACGAGCUUGUAGAUCGAAGAAUAAUUAUAGUAACCGUUUGGUGUGGUAUUCUCGCGUGUUUUGGUCUCGACAUUCUUGCAAACUUUCAAGAAGCUCGGGUCGUUGCAGCGCAUAUGAUUGGUGCCAUUACCUGUUUUACCGCUGGAACGAUGUACUUUUCCUUACAGACUUAUUUCAGUUACAAAAUGGCACCUGCUGUGAACGGAAUGAGUAUAGUUUAUGUCCGUGCUAUUCUCUCAACGCUUACACUUGUCCUGACCGUUACUACAAUAAUUCCUGGAUAUGUAUCAAUGUCAGAAUUUCGAGGAGAUGACUACAAAAAAUGGCUACCGACUGAUGGUGGCUGGGGCUGGCACGUGGCUAGUGCAGUUUCGGAAUGGAUACUGGCAAUAGUUUACUGCGCUUUUCUGCUAACAUUCGUUCCUGAAUUUCGGUUGAUUAAUUUCGCUGCUCCCGUAGUUACGUUGGUCUACCUGGAUAAAAAUCAUGAACCAGAAACAUUGGAAAAAUCUGACGUAGUGGCCCAGGAGGUGUGAAACGGUUGUGCAGAGAUUACGGUGAAAAGACUUCAUGCUUUUAAAAACAUGGAACUCAUUUAAGAAAAGGUGCCGGUGCGCUCAAAUUCUGCGAGGACUCCUAGUAACGAUUCUAAUAUCUGGUUUAAAAAUGGUAUCUAUCGUGUGCCUAUUGCGUGUGUAGUAUGUGUGUUAGGAGACUCUAGAUACACGUAAGCCUAUCUCAAUUCCAUUAGUAUUCAGUCCACGCUAAAAAUUUAAUUUACGAAUAUGUUACGAGUGACUAUAUCUACUGCAUUUUCAACACAGACUGUAAAAGAGUUCAACAAUAAUAUAAAUGUCGGUAACGGGACGCGCCAGCUUAUGUUACCCCUCGAGUGUUAAAAAUGGCAUUACCACCAGAAAGGGUGUAGAUGAAUUUUAUUUUAUCGACUUCGAUUAAAUUUCUCUGCGCCUUUCGUGUCAUCUUAAGACCAUUUUGAAAAUCUCCGUAGAAUCGAUAGAACGCAAUGCCAAUUCUAGAAUUUGCUAACAGAUGUCCUCGAGCGUUUGAGUUUACCCUCGAUACUCCGACUCUGUUUUAUCGCCACGCAAGCUGACGAAGGUUUGGUGGGAGUCCGCCAUGAGCGACAUGUAUGUUGCGCCGGUGCCGAGUGAUGUCAUUCUCGAGCGAAACUGUCAUUACUCGUCAUUUCGCUAAGAACUCGAGAAGCGUUCGCCCUGACAAUCUUUCUUCGGCGUCUUCAACGACUGUUGACUCAUCCACCACACACCGUAGACAAUCGCAUCAGUGGUAGUGAUGUUUGGUACGGUGUCAAGGUAGCUCGAAGCGCAGCACAGGCUGAGAGGGGAAAAUCGAUCAGACCUCGUGCGAGGUCUACCCUCUCUGUGCGUUGAACGCGACCAUUGGUCUGAGCCUCCUCGCAUUUCUUAAAAAAAAAAACAUUUACGGAGGUAGACGCGCAUACUUAAGCUCAACGAUUCGUCUGCAUGAAACCAUAAUGAGUAUAAGUGACCACCAAGUGAUAGUGAUCGAACUUCUAGAAACCGAUUUCGUAUUACCAAGGUCGUUUCGUGUCACAAGGUUCGACGAGUGAACUGAUUUGGUUAUUAGGUAAGAUACACCAAUAUAUCCACUUUUAUGGGCGCAGUAGAUGCAAUCGACAAAUACUUGUUUUUACAUCAUUUCUUCUGUUACUAUGAAAUGUAAAUCAGUAAUACGAAACUAUCAAUUGCUAAUCUUAAUCUCACAAGAAGUUCGAUUACAUUUUCUUCUUCGUGUACGUAUUCGCACAAAAAAAAACACUUUCAGUGUUAAAAAAUCCUUGCACCGAAUACACUUAUUUAUAAAUUUGUGUGUCAAAGGUAAUAAAAUCAGUAUUAUUAAAAAAGAA